UUUAAUUCUUCCAUAUAACCCAUUAUUCAUCAAAACCCAUAACCCCUCUCCCCUUCUCUCUCUCUCUCUCUCUCUCUCUGAACCAAUAUACAUAUAUAUGGCUCGUCUAAGCACCAUGGCAUUGAUUUCCGUAGUGAUUUUUUUCUCUCUUGUGUGGAGCUCAGAAGCUGGCAGUAGAAAGCUUUUGGUGACGAGGGAGUUGAUGAAGAAGGAAAGAGUACUCCUUUCUUCGAAUAAGGCGUCUCUGUUUCUAAGUGCCCUUCCUAAGGGCACAGUGCCCUCUUCAGCUCCAAGCAAGAAGGGUCACGCCGAGGUCGUUAACGAGAAGCUCAUCGGUCGCCACCUUAUAGCACAAAUGGAUCGUAGUCUCCAGUCGGUCCCUAGCCCUGGUGUUGGUCACUGAUGAUUUAUAUAUUUAUUAAUUUGCGGGAAAAUAAAAAAAAAAUAUCUUUUCUUGGCUCAUAUAUCUUCGUUUUCUUUUAUCGCUUUACAAUAUUUUUGAGUUUCUUAUCUCUCUUACUAGAUACAAAUUAGAAAUCUUAAUUAUGUGUAUAUAUACAUAGAAAGUACAUGUUUGAAUUAGUCCAUUUCUAGAAUAAUUUUAUACAUUCAUCUUGUAAUGCCCAUCACUUUAUACAAUUAUUGAGAAUUUUUGUUAGAA